GACACGAUUGUGUCUUGCAACUCACUCCUGAAGAUAACGUUGUAACGUCUAACAUAAUGAACCCGAAACCAGCCCAGUAUUAUUUGAAUAGAUCAAAAGGAGAAUAUGAGUGGAUGGAAUCAAGACUAUCUCAUUAUGUCUCGAAAAUGACUGGGUCUGAAUGGGAUGUUGUCUUAGACUUUGGAUGUGGUCCAGGCGACGUUACUAAAAACAUACUUUUAUCACACUGUCCAAACUUGACCAAGAUUAUUGCCGUUGAUAUUCAGCCAGACCUUGUGAAUUUCGCCAAGGAAACAUUCGGCCAUGAAAGAAUAGAGUACAUGAUUUUGGAUAUAACAGAAAAUACUCCGCCGCAAUGGGGCAAAAUGUUUGACAAAGUCUUCGCUUUCUUUUCUUUUCAUUAUGUCAAAGACUUUAUAAAAUUUAUGAAGAUACUUCGUGGAGUACUAAAACCAGGGGGCUACUUUCUCUCUCUCGGUUUAGCCUCAGCUCCUCAUUUUUCUACUUGGUUAGAGAUGUCAAAGACGGAAGAGUGGAAAGAGUAUUUCAUCGGGAUAGAAAAAUAUAUCCCAGCUACUUAUAUGUCGAAAGAUUUUUGUACUGAAUUCAAGAAAUUAUCAGACGAAUGUGGAUUUGUCCCCAUUGCUGUAACUUCAAGUGUAGUACCCAUUACUUUUGAUUCAGAAAAACAAGUCAUGGAUUUCUACGUGUCAGUUUUGCCCGAAGACAACGUCAAACAAUUGAAAUUGGAAAAUUUUGACAAAUUCCUUGAAGACUAUAGGAGAGUACUUAAUAAAUAUGGAUUAACGUACAAUGCUGACGGAACAGUUACAACCCAGACUACUCUUCUUGAGAUUUGUCUUCAGUCUACAAAUUCUACAAAUUGAAUGUUGUUAACAUUCCCCCCCCCCCCAGUGGCACAGCGGUAUGUCUGUGGACUUACAAUGGUAGAAACCGGAUUUCGAUACCUUGUGUAGCUUUGUGCAUAACUUCAAAUAAACAAAAGCUGUUAACAUAUCUUAUACAACAUACUCCUAAAAUGUCAUCAAUUAUUAGAUUCAAUCAAGACUAAGGAUGAAUAUUGCAGGA